AUGACAGAACUUUGUGAAGUAUUUUCUUAUGAUUAUUUCUUUUCUUUCUAUUUUGCUUCUUCUGUAAAGAGCGAAGUACAAAUUGCCAAAACCUGGCAGGCUUACAGAUACCUUAACUAUGAAAUGACACAGCAGCUCCUGAAAGCUUCCUUAUCUGAAGUAGAAAAGAAGAUGAUUUCAUUCCUGAAGCUGACUCAACCAUCUGUGGACCUGAAGGAAGCAGUAAUGUUAGAUUAUUUUGUGGCAGGUAUUUACUGGGCCCACAACCAAUCCUACAGCAACGAGCAGUUUUCUGGUUUCUUUUCUUUACUCUAUGAUCUACAAUUCUGUUUCUGCUGUCUUUCAGACAAACAUCUCACAAUUGGAAACAAUUUACAGGAACUUCGAAAAUCUUUGGCUGGCAUUGCAGUUUCUGAUAUAAUAACUGAUUGUGGAGGGAUGCUGUUCUUUAACCUGAAUGCUGCAAAAAAGAUCAUUGAAUAUUUUCAAGUAACUUUAUUCCAGCAUUAUUGCCUUUAUGAGUAUAUUUAUACUCACAUGCAAGCUGAACAAAUCAUCGGCACAGAUUUAAAAAUUGUACCAGUAAUUGGCCUUGGCCCAUGUUUUGCACCGCCAUUAAUUGAAGCGGUUUUGGAAGAUUCUUAUGUAAGCUACAUUAAUCUUCCCCCAGAAACCGAGCUUGAGACUGACAAAGGAGAGGUAAAAGGACAUUUUUCUUCUUUUAAAAGGAAUUGGCCAGAAUUCUUUGGUGGGGCUGGGGCUGGGGUUGUACUUUGGAACAAAACUUUCUUUCCUUUUCUACUUUCUUUCAAAACUUCUCCUUCCUUCCUUAUUACUUCCUUCCUUCCUUCCUUCCUUCCUUAUAAUUUUUAAUUUUUUAUGGAAAAA